UCAAGUGGAAAACCUUCCAGGAGCGUGGGAGGGGACAGAGGGAGAUGCACAGGUGGAGCACAGAUUGCAAAGAGGCAGUCGUUUCAGAGUAAAGACAGAAGAGGGGGAAGUCUCAGGUUGGAGUUUUAGCUGGGUGCCCCGGGCUCGCAGCUAUUCACAGACAGGUUGGACUGGUUUCUCCUCCUCAAUACCUGUGUCUCUGGUGGCUCCCGCUCAUUUAAACCAGCACACAGGGAGGAAGAAGUGAAGAGGUGAAGUGGCUGUAAAGGGUUCUCUGCACAUUUCAACGUUUCGGCCCAGAAAGGAGAUUCACGAUGCCUGAGGAUGAGGAAUAUUUUGGAAAAAAUGGGGAGCCAAGAAAGCAUGACCCAUCCUUCAAGGGCCCGGUCCAGAGCAGAGGCUGCACAGACAUCUUGUGCUGCAUCCUCUUCAGUCUUGCCAUCCUGGGUUAUAUUGCUGUGGGGAUACUCGCCUGGUCACAGGGGGACCCCAGGAAGGCGAUCUAUCCCACAGACAGUCGAGGCCAGUACUGCGGGCAGGCCGGCACCCCGCUUGAAAACAAGCGACAGUUGUUCUACUUCAACAUCAUGAAGUGUGCCAGCCCCAUGGUGCUGCUGGAGUUCCAGUGUCCGACCACACAGAUGUGUGUGGAGAAGUGCCCCGAAAAGUUCAUGACCUUAGUCAAAGCCUACAGCAACAAAAAGGACUUUGACUACUACAAGAACUUCUGCAAGGAAGAUGUGACUAAUACGAUGGGCAUUCCUGAAAUCCUCCGGUUAGGCCUCUGUCCUGCCAUGCUGAUGCCGAGCAAGCCCUUUACACGCAGGUGUUUUCCAGCGCUGGGUAAGAAAGGCGGAGUGAUAACUGUGGGAAACAACUCUCACUUUGAUGAUGGAAGUGGAAAAAUGAGAGAUGCCAAGGACCUUGUGGAUGGAGUCAAGAACGCCACUGUGGUCAUUGAGGCUCGUCAGGUGGUCAUGAAAAUCUUUGAGGAUUACACGCAGUCCUGGUACUGGAUUCUCAUAGGCUUAGUUAUUGCCAUGCUCCUCAGCCUGCUCUUCAUCGUCCUCCUGCGCUUCCUGGCCGGGAUCAUGGUGUGGAUCAUGAUCGUCAUGGUGAUACUGGUGAUAGGAUACGGUAUCUUCCACUGCUACAUGGAGUACGCUGCCCUGAAGGGAGAGCCAGGGGCUAACGUGACUCUCCAGGAUCUGGGCUUCCAGACGGACUUCGCCGUCUACCUGCAGAUCAGACAGACCUGGCUGGCCUUCAUGAUUAUCCUGGCCAUUGUGGAAGUCAUCAUCAUCCUGCUGCUCAUCUUCCUCAGGAAAAGGAUCCUCAUCGCCAUCGCUCUCAUCAAAGAAGCCAGCAGAGCCAUUGGUCACGUGAUGUGUUCCCUCUUCUACCCACUCUUCACUUUCCUGCUCCUGGCCGUCGUUAUCGCCUACUGGGCCGUCACUGCUGUUUUCUUGUCUACCUCAAACCAACCCAUCUAUAAAGUUGUCAACGAGACGGCGUGUGAACACUCCAGGACGGUUUGUGAGCCGGCUAACUACUCGACCAGUCCGAUGAAAGCCCAGUGUCCUGAUUCCGAGUGCCUCUUUGCGUUCUACGGAGGCGAGACGAUUUACCACAAAUACCUGAUCGGCCUUCAGUUCUACAACGUCUUCCUCUUCUUCUGGUGUGCCAACUUCGUCAUCGCUCUGGGACAGAUGACGCUCGCCGGAGCCUUUUCAUCGUACUAUUGGGCCCUCGUGAAGCCGGACGACAUGCCUGCCUUCCCAGUGUUCUCCUCCCUCGGGAGAUCCCUCAGGUAUCACACUGGAAGUCUGGCGUUCGGCUCUCUUAUUCUCUCCAUGACUCAGAUCAUCAGGGUUCUGCUGGAGUAUCUGGACCACAAGCUGAAAGGAGCCCACAACAAGUGCACGAAGUUCCUGUUGUGCUGUCUGAAGUGCUGCUUCUGGUGUCUGGAGAAAUGCAUCAAGUUUCUCAACAGAAAUGCCUACAUCAUGGUGGCAAUUUACGGCAGAAACUUCUGUGCCUCAGCCAGAGAUGCCUUCUUCCUCCUCAUGAGGAACAUGAUCAGGGUGGCUGUUUUAGAUAAAGUGACAGAUUUCAUCCUGUUUUUGGGCAAAUUGCUCAUCGUUGGACUUGUUGCGGUCUUUGCCUUCUUCUUCUUCUCUGGGAGAGUGAAGGCCUUUGAGGAUACGGCGCCCAAUCUCCACUAUUACUGGGUACCCAUCCUGACGGUGGCGAUCGGCUCUUACCUCAUCGCCCACGGCUUCUUCAGCGUGUACGCCAUGUGUGUGGAUACGCUGUUCCUCUGUUUCUGCGAAGACCUGGAGCGCAAUGACGGUUCAGCCACAAGGCCUUAUUACAUGUCGUCAACUCUUCACGAGAUUCUGUGGAAGAACAAGGCCGAGGAUCCGUCUUCGUCUCUGCAACAAGACGAUGAAGACGUCCAGAUGAAAGAGCAGCACAGUAAAGAGGAGGACGCUUCUUAGAGGAGUUUUCAUUGAAAGAUUUUUCACUGAAAAUCCAACACCUUUGUAACUGCUACAGUUGAACACUGAAAUGUUCGUAAGGAGCUGGUACUUUGUUGUCACCCAACGGGAAAUUCAAUUUUGCACUUAACCCAAUCAUCUCAUUGAGGCAGAUUGUGGUGAGACAACAGAAGACGAUGCCUUAAAUUGGCCGGGUCCAUUUACAAGUGACUGGUUCCCUUUAACUUUACUGUCCUUCAACACAAGGAAACGUUGGAAAUGAGAUGUUUAAAUAAUAUUCUCCUGAUUGACUAUUCGCUAAAUUCCUCCUACAGACAGUAAUUGUCCAAUCAGAGCUUAGCAACUGUAACCAGGCACUGCAGGUCAGUUUUUUUUUGGUUUCUGAACAUGAAGUUGUGCAGCAGCAACAUUUUUUAGCUUGAAGCAGCAGUGACCUCUGGAGUCUGGGGUUUAGCGAAUGGUCAAACGGACGUCAAGCAUGUCUCCUGAAAUGAGCUCUUUAAAAUGUACAUGUGAUUAUGACACGUGCACAAUCUGCUGCAUGAUCGAAAUGAUGACGUGAUGGUUGCCUACUGGACGUGAUUAGAAACUUUCUCUUUGAAUUUUGUUGGUUCACGGUCGUCUUGAAUGUGACGGAAAAACCGUUUCACCGAAUAACUUGACAUUAUUUGAGUAAUCCGAAGUUAACCUGAUAUUUCUAAACUUUCUUUUUUAGUUCUUCCACUGCCACUGGCAAACUUGAAGCCACACAUGUGCCUGAGUUGUUGGAGUUGGUCUGUUUGUACUUUAGUGUUUAUGGAAACAGAAGAAAAGAGAAGACGUGAUCAUCAGUGCUAAUCUUCUAGUUUACUGUUCAAUCAAUGCACUUUCAUUUCUUUUCACAUUUGUAUUAGUGAAUAUUGAGGAUUUUUUUAAAGCUACUUGUAUUAAUGUUGAACUUUUGACUGUAAAUCUGAUUUUUAUUCAGUCUUUUACAAAGCAGUGUUUGCAAGUCUUAAUUGCACAAAACAGGAGUUUACCUUAAAUAGAUGCAUGUUGGUGACAAUUGUAAAGAUUAAACAUACAGAUUAUGCCUUUUUUCUACUGAAGCCAAUUAAAUUUUCCUCUGACGUC